GUGUCAACUGAAGGCAUCAGCAUCACUAUGAAGAAAUUGUGUUUGCUACUUUUCAUGGCCCAUUUUGUGGCUUCAAGUAGAAAUUUAAACAAGAUUCUUGAUCGCGACGAAUGGAUAAACAUCGCCAAGGAAUACAUGAAGAAUCAUAAGCCUUAUAAAGCAAAAAUCUAUGAACCAUAUAAGCCGCGAAUUGUAAAUUUUACUAACCCAUUCGAUGUUGACUUUUGGGAGACAACAACAGCAACAAACAUUGCGGAAACUUCAACCAUUCCGGAUGGGACAACAAAUAACUUUCCUGAGGACAUAUCCACAACAACAAGCAGUGUAUUUAUUCCGGAAACAACUACUGAAUUUGCCACGACAUCUCAUCCUGAAUUUUCGACUACUGAAUCUAUUUUCGCAACUUCGGUAGCACCUGAAAUAACUACUGAAUUUGCUACAACACCUCAGCCUGAAUUUUUAGGUACAGAAUCUAUUCUAUCAACUUCGGAAGCACCUGAAACAACAACAAGUCUUUUUGAUUCUACAACGACAUCGUGGUUGCAAUUCACCAGUACAGAAGCUACUUAUUUAACUGAUCCAAAAACCACAUACUCCACAACAUCAAGUCCGGAAUUUUUAGACUUGACCACAACAACAAAUCCAAGCAGUACAGCAUAUCCGGAAACGACUACAUUUAUUGAAGAUUUUUCUACAACAUCAAGUCCGGAGAUUUCCAGUACCGAAUCAUUAGAAACUACUACAGAGUUUAAUCCGACCACUACAGAACGGCCAGAGUCAACUAGUCAGACUUCCGAUUUCACAACGCAAUCAAAUGAUUUAACGACUGAAAUAUCUUCAGAGGUUCAAAGUACAACUGAAUCGUCACAAGGCUCAACGGAAGGAUUUUUAUUAACCACAGAAAACGCUGAAACCACCACAUCAGUACUGGAACUUAUUGCUACGACUCCUGGCUUUGAAACUACAUCAUCAUACCUAGAUACAAUGAUUAACAGCGCUGGAGUAGAAAGUUUUACUACCUCAACGCCAUCUGGAUUGAAUUUAACAACGACAGAAGUUAUUCAAACUCAAAAAGAAACCACAACAGUGAGGCAAGCGAGUCUUGUAGAAGUUCCUGUAAGACAAACGCGAAGAAAACUUAAGUAUACUUCUGAUACAGAGCCUGAACUUUACUGGUAUUAAAGUUUUUAAUAAAAAUUAAUUAAAAAUUAAUAAAAAUAUAAAAUAAAAUUAAAGCGGUUGUUUUAGAAAAGUUGGCAGCGCGGUUG